AACACACACUUACAGCCUCGAGCUCACAACCAGGUUGCAACACCCUGUACGGUUGCUUCCCACGGCUGCACCCCGCUACUUCCAGUCUUCUUCGCUAGAGACGCUGUCAGCUACUGACUCAGCCCAGCGACACUGCUCCGACGUUGCUGCACCGUGCAACCCAUCGCGUCAGCCCACGGAAAAAUCGCACCGUCAAUCUUUACUUCCCACAGGUAACCCACUCGCACGAUGGUUCACCACACCGUAUAGAAAAACACCCAAAAAAGAAAUGCUUUGAUACCAGAUGAUUUGUUGAUUUCUUAUUGUGGAUCCAGACUGUAAAGGGUAUCGUAGAAGCUCUGAAAUGCAGAUAUCGAAGACGCUCUUAAGGAACCAAGCAUUAAUCUAUCAAAUUGAUUCGGAGUGCUGUCACAUUUACACCUUUUCUAAGAAGUUCUCGUCCUUGUUUAAUGGGCCUUCUUCUGAGCAGGACGGGAAAGUUGUUCCCUUUGUGGAUAAUCGAGAAAAUUCAAGAAAAGUUGAGGGUGUGAGACAUGUAGUGGAUGAUGUGUGCCAUAUCUUGGAGAGUGGUCCAUGGGGACCCGCCCUGGAGAAUGCUCUAUCUGUGUUAGAUGAAAAACCUCAACCCGAUCUAGUUAUUGGAGUCCUGAGAAGGCUAAAGAAUGUUAAUCUAGCAGUAAAUUAUUUUCGGUGGGCCGAGAGAAAAACUGACCAAGCACAUUGUCCUGAUGCAUACAAUUCGCUGCUCAUGGUUAUGGCUAGGAGUAGAAAGUUUGAUUGCUUGGAACCGAUUCUGAAAGAAAUGAGUAUUGCAGGAUUUGGUCCAUCUAAUUACACAUGUGUCGAGCUAGUGGUAAGCUGCAUCAAGUCGCAAAAUCUUAGAGAAGCUUUUGAUCUAAUACAAACCAUGAGGAAGUUCAAAUUCCGUCCUGCAUUUUCGGCUUACACAAAUCUGAUUGGUGCCCUGGCUGCGGUUCAUGAAUCUGACCUCACGCUCGCUCUUUUUCACCAAAUGCAGGAGCUAGGUUAUGAAGCAAGUGUGCAUUUAUUUACAACUCUUAUUCGUGUGUUUGCCAGGGUGGGCCGGGUUGAUGCUGCUCUCUCUCUGUUGGAUGAGAUGAAGAGCAACUCUUUUGAUGCUGACAUUGUUCUUUAUAAUGUCUGCAUAGAUUGUUUUGGUAAGAUUGGGAAGGUGGAUAUGGCCUGGAAAUUCUUUCAUGAGAUGAAAGCACAUGGCUUGAUGCCUGAUGAUGUGACAUAUACUACCAUGAUAGGGGUUCUCUGCAAAGCUUAUAGACUGGAUGAAGCUGUGGAGCUAUUUGAACAUAUGGAUAAUGGCAGGAAAGUCCCUUGUGCAUAUGCUUAUAACACCAUGAUCAUGGGUUAUGGCUCAGUUGGAAAGUUCGAUGAAGCAUAUAGUUUACUUGAGAGGCAAAAACGAAAGGGGUGCAUUCCGAGUGUGAUUGCAUAUAAUUGCAUUAUUACUUGCCUUGGGAAGAAGGGUAUAGUAGAGGAGGCAUUACGGAUCUUCGAGGAGAUGAAGAAAGAUGCGUCGCCCAACCUUUCAACCUAUAAUAUUUUAAUAGAAAUGGUUUGCAAGGCAGGAAACCUUGAAGCUGCUCUGGGCAUUCGGGAUGCCAUGGAAGGAGCUGGCUUGUUUCCUAAUGUUAUGACUGUCAAUAUAAUGAUAGAUCGACUUUGCAAAGCUCAAAAACUGGAUGCAGCUUGUUCUAUAUUUGAAGGAAUGGAUCAUAAAGUUUGCACCCCAGAUGCAGUUACAUUUUGUUCUCUUAUUGAUGGCUUGGGCAAACAUGGCAGAGUGGAUGAUGCCUACAGGCUAUAUGAAAAGAUGCUAGAUUCUAAUCAGAUUCCAAAUGCUGUUGUAUAUACAUCACUUAUUAGGAACUUCUUCAAGUGUGGCAGGAAGGAGGAUGGUCACAAGAUAUACAAAGAAAUGGUACAUGGGGGCUGUUCUCCUGACCUGAUGCUGCUUAAUACCUACAUGGAUUGUGUUUUCAAAGCUGGAGAAAUCGAGAAAGGCAGGGCUUUGUUUGAGGAGAUAAAGGCUCGAGGACUUGUUCCAGAUGUUUGGAGCUAUUCAAUCCUAAUUCGUGGCCUUGUGAAAGCAGGCUUUGCAAAGGAAACCUACGAGUUGUUCUAUGCAAUGAAGGAACAAGGCUGUGUUUUGGACACUCGUGCUUACAACAUUGUAAUUGAUGGAUUCUGCAAGUCUGGUAAGGUUAACAAAGCAUAUCAUCUGUUAGAGGAAAUGGCGACGAAGGGACACCAACCAACUGUUGUUACAUAUGGCUCCGUCAUUGAUGGGCUUGCGAAGAUUGACCGGCUUGAUGAAGCAUACAUGCUCUUUGAAGAAGCAAAGUCUAAAGGAAUAGAGUUAAAUGUGGUGAUAUAUAGUAGUCUUAUUGAUGGGUUUGGAAAGGUGGGUAGAAUUGAUGAAGCAUAUCUAAUCUUGGAAGAGUUGAUGCAGAAAGGUUUGACCCCCAAUGUAUACACAUGGAAUUGCUUGCUUGAUGCACUAGUGAAAGCGGAGGAAAUUGAUGAAGCCCUUGUCUGCUUUCAGUCAUUGAAAGACUUGAAAUGUACUCCCAACCACAUAACUUACAGCAUUCUCAUAAACGGUCUUUGUAGGGUUAGAAAAUUUAAUAAGGCCUUUGUGUUCUGGCAAGAGUUGCAUAAGCAAGGGUUGAAGCCCAACACAAUCACCUAUACCACCAUGAUCUCAGGACUUGCAAAGGCUGGAAAUAUAGCAGACGCUAAUAGGCUUUUUGAGAGGUUUAAGGCAAGUGGGGGUAUACCAGAUUCUGCUAGUUAUAAUGCUAUGAUAGAAGGGCUAAGCAAUUGUAGUAGAGCAAUGGAUGCAUAUGCACUUUUUGAGGAAACUCGGUCGAAAGGUUGUAAUAUUCAUACCAAAACGUGUGUUGUUCUUCUAGAUGCAUUGCAUAAGGCUGAAUGCCUUGAGCAGGCAGCAGUUGUGGGUGCGGUGUUGAGGGAAACGGCGAAGUCUCAACAUGCUUCAAGAUCCUGGUAAUGUACGGGGCUGGGGGUUAGAUUUUGCAAGUUACUGGAAGAUUCAGAGUCUGUGAUUUACUCAGUAAGUGGUGAUGCCAGAAGGUUUUUUACUCAUCUUACCAAUGGGAGCAAUUUGUGGAAGAGAGAGAGUUCUGUUCAUGAAGAUUCUUCAUUCCACCAAUUCCUUAAUGGGGCCGAAGAUGUUGCUGUCAGAGGCAUGAGAGUUGCAUGUCAAACAUGGUGAAUAUGCCAAGAAUGACAUCAGGACAUUCAGUUCAUUUAUACUGCUUCAAAAUUUAUGUGGACGCAUUGGCAUGGGCUUGUUGUGAGAUUGGAUGCUUCACUUUUCAGUGCUCUGGUUUUUAAGCAGGAUGCAAUUCAUGCAUGGAUUGCAUGGAAAGCACAUCUCUGAAUCUCCUUGGAUACCAUGGAGCCUCGUUUGCGGGAUGCUUACACAUAUAGUCUAUUAAUUGAAUUCUCCUCAGUCCCCCUAAUUGUCUUUAGGUAAUCUCAUGCUAUUCGGGCUAGUAUUAUUGAUGUUUUGACCAUCUUCUUCUGGUCUAUUUUUUCAUACAGAUACUGUAGGAAGGUAAAAGCCAUUGGAAUUUGUUAGAGUUGUACAUGAUUAUUAGUCUGCAAUACAGUGAUUUCUCAUAAACGUGGCAGACCUGGCUAUUUUUUUGAGGCUACCCUUCAAACUGACGAUUAAAUUUCAGCUGUCUCAUAGCAGCACAUGUUAGUUCUGAAUGCUGAAGGAGAGCGUACAAAAAUGAGUCUGGGACUGUAAUUUUUCAGCCAUUGUGAUUGAAACCAUGUCAAGUUCCCCCCCACUUUUUCUGUGCUCUAGUGAGGUUUUGAGGAUACCAUUGGGAAACGAAUUCAUGACAGAAAUAUGCUUUAUCUUUUCAUCGUUCUUAUUCAUAGAUUUGAAUUUCGAAAGUAGUAAAAGGUCGAUUUUCCAUUAUGUGGGAAAAUCAGGAACAUUUGAAAUCCCCCUUUCUUCCCCCUUUUUCCUAUGCCGAAGAGGAAGGUUCAAAAUAAGUGAGAAUGUCUAACUCUCUAUUUUAUAGUAUUCUACUCAAAUCAACAAUGUGCUACAUUCUAACAUGUGACAUGUACUUUCAAGUAAGUGUGUUCUGUAUAAUUAUAUAUAAUAGCGAUUUUAAUUAUCACAGUAGGGAGUAAGCACUUGAAAUACUUGUAACAUUUUUCAAAACAAAAAUGUGGUAUGUGUUCGCAAGUGAAAUCAACAAGAGUUUUAAUCGCUUCAGGCAAGCCCUUGAUAAAAGUUGGAAGAGUACAAACUUACAACAGAGAAGAAGAACAUAUAGUCCUUGUGCAAGGAUGGCGUAGACAAAUGGAGGAUGUGUUUAAAUUCUUAUAUAUAAUCUUGUGAUAAAAAUAUAAUGCUUAAACAACUUGAGAAAUGGUUUAAA